GGAGAGAGGGGGAGAGAAGAAAAUCUAGUUCUUACCUGGGAAGAGGAAUAUAGAACACUAUAGAAGGAAGACCCAAUAUAACCCACCUCAUAGACACUGUGUCCAUGGGUUGGGAAGGGUUAUCAGUUUAUCAGUUAUGGGUUUUUGACAUUUUGUGGACUAAUGGUGGAAAAUGGGACAAAGGUCCCACAUCCAAAAAGCAGAGUGUUGAAAUUCCCUACCCAACUUUAUUUUGAUUUCCCCAAUUUCUAUCCUUCAAGGAAGGUAGAUACUAGAUAGAUCAUCUUAUUCUAAUAAUUACAAAAAAAAAAAAAAAUUAAAAAAAAAAAAUCUUGGUCAUUUUUAUUCUCCUUUUGCCUGUGAUUGCGUAUAUUUCAAGUACUCUUUUCUUCGUUCUUUUUCUUGCCUUCUUUUCUCUUUCUUUUGCUGAAAUAGUGAAAUGUUCAUCUGACUUUAUUUUGUCAAAGAAAGGAUCAUAUAGUGAUUUGGUCAUUCUUUAUUCUUGUAUGCAAUUGAUUGUCAGCAAUCAAGGGUAUGUGGGGAAAAAGCAUUACCUUUUGUGUCAUCUAAUGCUUGCUGGUGACUAUGCUUUCAAGUGAAUUGGCUACUUUAUCUGAUCUGGAUUUCAUCAGAUUCCUCUAUCUCUGCAGAUUCUUUAACUGUUUUGAGGCUUGCCAGCCCAGAAGCAGAUAACAGUUUUGCAUUAUGGGUUGGUUUACCAAGUUUCUCAAAGGUUCCAGUUCCAGCCAUAAAAUCUCAGAAGGGCAAUAUCAUGGGAAAUAUGAAGAUGAAAGAAUUUGGGAUGGGCCUUCUACUGCAGUGGAUGCAUGGUCAGAAUAUGAGGAUGAAGAUAUUGAUCAUGCGAUUGCACUUUCGCUUUCAGAGGAAGAUCAGAAAGGGAAAAAAGUAAUUGAUGAUGAACCUCAUGUGGAUGAAGAUGAGCCUCAUGUGGAUGAAGAUGAACAGCUUGCCAAGGCUCUUCAAGAAAGUUUGAACAUGGAAUCUGUGGAAUCUCCACCUAAAUAUGAUUAUGGAAAUUCUAUUCCAAAUUUGAUUCCUCCUUAUCCAUCAUACUUCUAUCCAUCUGGCUACAGGGGGGUCUGUGCUGGUUGUAACACUGAAAUUGGUCAUGGACGAUAUUUGAGUUGCAUGGAAGCUGUUUGGCAUCCUGAAUGUUUCCGUUGCCAUUCUUGUAAUCUACCCAUUUCUGAUUAUGAGUUUUCUAUGUCUGAGAAUCGUCCUUACCACAAAUCCUGCUAUAAGGCGCAGCAUCACCCACGAUGUGACGUUUGCAGUAACUAUAUCCCGACAAAUUCAGCCGGUCUUAUUGAGUAUAGGGCACAUCCUUUCUGGAUGCAAAAAUACUGCCCUUCACACGAGCAUGAUGGGACGCCUAGGUGUUGUAGCUGUGAAAGAAUGGAGCCGGAGAACACUAGAUAUCUUCAACUUGAUGAUGGUCGGAAGCUAUGUCUGGAGUGCCUGGACUCUUCAAUAAUGGAUACUCAUGAAUGCCAACCACUUUACCUUGAAAUACAAGAAUUUUAUGAAGGUUUGAAUAUGAAAGUGGAGCAGCAAGUUCCAUUACUCUUGGUUGAGAGACAAGCGCUAAAUGAGGCCAUGGAAGGAGAAAGAAAUGGCCAUCACCACUUGCCUGAGACUAGAGGACUUUGCCUGUCGGAAGAACAAACCAUUAGCACUAUUUUAAAGAAGCCAAGGAUUGGGGCAGGCUACCGGAUCAUAGACAUGUUUACAGAGCCUUAUAGGCUAAUCCGUCGGUGUGAAGUGACAGCUAUUCUCAUUUUGUAUGGUCUCCCUAGGUUAUUAACUGGGUCAAUCCUGGCUCACGAGAUGAUGCAUGCAUGGUUGCGGCUCAAAGGUUAUCCUAAUCUGAGUCCAGAUGUUGAAGAAGGUAUCUGCCAAGUGUUAGCUCAUUUGUGGUUAGAUUCUGAGAUUAUCGCUGGCUCUGGUAGUAAUGUUGCUUCAACUUCUUCGUCGUCAUCUUCUUCUUCUUCUUCUUCUUCUUUACCAUCCUCUAGUUCCCAAUCCUCGAAAAAGGGUAAACGGUCUGACUUCGAAAAGAAACUUGGUGAGUUUUUCAAACACCAAAUAGAAUCGGACACUUCAACAGCUUACGGAGAUGGAUUCAGAGCAGGUAAUGAGGCCGUGCUCAAAUAUGGCCUCAAGAGGACUCUUGACCACAUUCAGCUAACCGGCAGCUUUCCUUGCUGAACUGUGUGGUGCUCUACUCAGUCUUCCUCCCCCCCUCAGAGAUAAAAUAGCUUUGCCCUAUCACCAUAGUUUUAAAGAAUCAAAAGGUCAAUAGACUAAAUAAGCAAUAAAUGCUGCCAUUCCAUGCAGAGCUGAUAUAAUCCAUUUCUCACACGGGCACCAAAUAUUAUAUAAUUAUGUUUCAUACUUGUUAAUAUAUAGAAGAAUUUUGUUUUUGAAGAAAAAUGAACAUAUACAUUUUCUUUAUGCAUAUGACACUUUUGAUUUAGUGUUUAGUUAAGAAGAAA